AUGUUGUUGUCAGCACUUGGUGCUCUCUUUGCGGCGAGCGCCCUUGCGGGCCCGCUCGACCACAUGGCUUACCGGAGCGACUUCACCACCUUCGCCUCCGAGACUUGCCCGGCCACCUCGCAGCAGUCUUGCCACAACACCACGGUCCAGACUAACCUCUGCUGCUUCAAUGCUCCCGGUGGCGCUUUGCUGCAGACCCAGUUCUGGGACACGGACCCCGUGACUGGUCCCGAUGACAGCUGGACUAUCCACGGUCUCUGGCCCGACAACUGUGAUGGCACCUACCAGUCCAACUGUGACUCGUCGCGCGAGUAUUCAAGCAUCACCAACAUCCUGACUAAAUUCGGCGAGACGGAGCUGCUCGCCUACAUGGAGGAGUACUGGCAGUCCAACAGCGGCACGCCCGAGACCUUUUGGGAGCACGAGUGGGACAAGCACGGCACGUGCAUCUCGACGCUAGACCCGGAUUGCUACACCAGCUACCAGACGGGCCAAGAGGUCGUUGACUUUGCCAGCAAGGUCGUUGAGCUCUUCAAGUCCCUGCCCACCUACACCUGGCUCUCGGCCGCUGGCAUCACCCCGAGCUCCAGCAAGACCUAUACGCUGGCCGCCAUCCAGGCCGCUCUCACCAAGAACCACGGCGCCAGCGUCUACCUCGGCUGCAGCGACUCCGAGCUUAGCGAGGUCUGGUACUUUUUCAAUGUCAAGGGCAGCGUCCAGUCUGGUACCUGGAUCCCCGUGGCCACCCUCAACAGCGCCGACUGCCCGACCACUGGCAUCAAGUAUCUGCCCAAGAAUGGUGGGGGCGAUGGUGGUGGUGAUGGUGGCGGCGGCGAUGGCGGAGGUGAUGGUACCGCUUUCUCUGGUUCAGGAUACCUCAAUGUCGUCUCGGGAGGCUCCACCAAGGGAUGUCUCAUCUCGGCCGGCACCUGGUAUGUCAGUGGUACCUGCGCGACCAUCACCGCCACGGCCAGCGGCAGCGGCUUCACUUUGAAAUCCUCAAAGGGCUCGUGCGGUAUCGUCUCGGGUGUCUUCACCUGCGGCUCCGGCGUUACCGCCACCGUCUUCACUGCCAGCGGCAGCAACCUUAUGGCGAGUGGCAGCACUGCCUUCUCCGCCGAUUCUACUCCUAGCGGCACUACCCAGGGCAAGGUCUACUCUGGCAGCUCACACAGUGUCAGUCUGACGAUUGAGUGGGGAAGCGCUUAG